GUGACAGUCGGCGUCCGCUUUCUUCGAACUUCAAAUUCAAAGCUUUUUCAAUUUUCAAAUCUAUUUAACUAAAAUACAACAAUAAAACCAAAGAGUAAAGAAGUUUUUUUAUAUUAUGUUUAUGUAUAUGUUCAUUUUUUGAUUAUUGUUUUGCUUUUCUUGGUAAAUACUUAUUUAAGUAAAGUAAAAAAUGGAAGAUACACAUACUAAUUAUGAAAACAUACAGAAAACCAUACAAAAGGUUAUUGAAGAAACCUGGAGUUUGGAAAAUUUUAGUGAGGAAAUAUGCAUUACUAGAACCCGAAUGCAACAUGUUAAGAACAUUUUGGUUGGAUGUAAUAUGGAAAUCUUUGCUAUAAAAAAUAUCACAUUUUUUUAUGACAUUUUAAUUGGGGAACUUGCAAGAUGGACAAUCAAAAAGGAAAUUUUAAAAGUUUUUCUUCACUGUCUCUAUCAAAUAAAGGAUGUAAGAUGUCAUACUCUUAACGAAAAACUCAGUAAUCUGAAUGAGUGCAAUAAUUUUUAUAUAUACAAACUGGUCGAUACAUUGAGUAUCUAUGGAGAUUAUGAUUUUCAGUCACUGAUUCUCGAACUUAUAUUGAAAACGUGCACUGACCAAGAGUUGAGAAAAAUAUUAAAUGCCCUUUUUCCAGAAUCAGAGGAACUAAGAACAAAAUUUUCCAAAAUAAGCGCACAAAAAUUUGACUCGACUGUUAGAGACUUCCUACAAGUAUUGAACCGUAGAACCAAAACAAUAUUUUCUAUAUACUGUGAGAAGGUUAUCAUUGGUGAUAUUAAAUGUGAGCAGCAUAUUGAUGAAAGUACUGGUGUUUGGAUUCAUAUUAAUCUUCUCGAUUCAAUAAUUAGUUGGUAUACAGAUAAAAAAUCAUUAAAUCCUGAAAAGGGUAAAAAUAAUGAGGAAUUGCAUGCUAGAAAUUGGGACUUAAUUAUGGUUUUUAGAAGUAGCAUAGAAAACAUUGAUAUUCAGAGCUACACUGAAUGUAUCAUCAUAAACUUUGAUCUGAAAUCACCGGUAAUGAGCUCCCAAACCAUAUUUGAUAAAGCUCUCUCGGUUCAUUUGAAGUUAAACCAUUCCGAAGAAUCCAAAUUUCUGGUUUGUAAUGUACUCAAUCGCUGGAUGCGUAAGCCUGACAAAAUAGGAAAGAGAAAAAGAAAAGCCUCUUGGGUGGAUAGAAAGGUGUAUAAUGUUGGAAAACCUAUUUGGGAAUAUAAGAGCACAGAUUGCUCUGAUUUCUCCAACACUUCCAAAUCAUCCAGUUGCAAAAUCUGCAAAGAUGUAACGUCCAUAUCGGAAUCUGAAGAUGUACAAAUCGGGACCUGUUUUCCCAGAGUCCAAGAAUCUCUAUCAAAUAUACUGAAAGCUAAAGAUAUCAACAUUACUCAUCAACUAGGCAAAAGCAAAAAUCCUUCUGUGAUAUAUAUUAAACCCGAUAAAGAUUAUCGUAUGUUUGCGGAUAUUGAAGACCAAAUUGAUAACACCAGCAUUUGCUUUACCUCCGAAGAACAACUUCAACGUAUAGCCAGCGAGUUUGAACGUUAUAUAGAGUUCAGUAAUAAAUUUUUCCCGAAUAAAGGUCAUAUUAGUCUUACUGGCAGCUCGGUUUCUUCUAGUGCCACUAAAAAGUUUGUAUCAAAACAUUUUAGGAAUCGUACCACCCGAUAUAAGCCAAUUAGGGCCAGAGAUUCAAAUUUUAACAACAAAACUAAAAAUGCCAGUAACUACAUACAUCAGAACUUAGUAGAAAGUAGUUCUGAGAGUGUAAAUCGGUCAUAUAAAGGUUUUAACAAUAACGAUUUAGGUUCAAAAAAUGAGUUAUCAAACAAGACGGUUAAUGCAACUACCGAAAAAAGUUUUUGUGAUAAUUUCUCUUCUAGUGAUAUGUCACAUAGUAAGAAUGAACUGAAAAUAUUACCAGAAAAGGCAAUGUCUUACAGGAAAAGACGUCUAUCUGAAUCUGAAAAAUCAACUGGUACAUUCGUUGAAAUUUUAGAGAAACCUUCCACUUCUGAUAAUUUAAGAAAUAAAACAUCGACUGUGGAAAGAACCCAUAACAACAAAAAUUCAUUCACUGGUAGCAACUCGAGUGAGGAACCACGUCUUACAUGUAAACGUGCUACUGGCAAAAAACAAAACACAUCAAAGAUUGUUAUACUCUCAGAUAAUACUGUCGUAAGAGGGAAUGAAGAAGUGAUAAGUAUCGGUUCUAGCAGUUCAGAUCUGGAAUCAAAUAAACAUAAUUCGAAUGCACAAAAAAUAAAAGUUUUCAAUCCCUCGAAGCCCAGAUCUCCGUCAAAUUGGGACGAUUAUGAGAUAGAAGAAGUGAUAAAGAAGGAAGAUGAACUAAACGCGGUCAAAACAGAUUUUUCAGAAAGAUAUGAUAUACUUGGAAAAGAGGCAAUAUGGUCUUGUCUAGGUCUAGUUAACGAGAACCCUGUAAUGCUAAGUUCCAAACAAUUUAAUGGAUUUUAUUUGUCCAUAAUUUUUUUCCAUUAUGACAUCCUUUCUGUGCACCCUGAAAUAACGAUGGAAAUUAAUCAAAUUCGAGAUAGAUAUAUAGAAUUUUUGGAACUGAAUGCAAGAGUUAUAUUGUGUACCAAAGGCGAACCGAUGGAUAUUUACGAAAGAGCCAAGAUGUUGCGCAAUUCGCCAUUUUCAAAUGUAGAUAUUCCAUUGAUGGUAGAUGAUGGUGGUGUUUUGAUGAAAUCUGUUUUUAAAGUGUGUCCAAAAAACUGCAAGUGUGACAUAAAGAACGUUUUACUUUUUGAAGAUAACGGAGUACCGUUUUCAAAUAGCACCCUUUUAAUGACAUACGAAUUGGACGUAGACUUUCUGAUUAAAUCAAUAAAAAUUAGACAGUCAAUAAGAAACGGGACUUUCAAUGUGAUGGAUUUAUAAAAACAAAAAGUUUAUUCCAAAGGUGUUCCUUUAUUAUAUAAAAAGUGAUAUUUGAUUUUUAUCAAACGCCAAAACGAUUAUAGAGUGAUUUUUGUUUGU